AUGUCAACGCAGACAAAUCAAGCGCGUAACGUAGUUGGGUUCGAGGUAUCGGAUAUUGGAGGUCUUCGUAGAGUGUUUGCAAAACCAACGUUUAACAGUGAGAAAUUUGCGAAAAAUGUAUCCAAAAAUGGAGAUACGGCUACUAGCAAUAUGCUGGAAAAAGUUAACAUUAUAUCCUCUGAAGCUGCCAGCAAGAUGAAACGUGCAGUUUUUGAAAAUUACAAACUGUUUAUUAAGGCUGGUAAAGCCGCUAGCCAAUUAGAAAAUACAAUGCACCAAAUUCACAACGAAUUUACUGAGAAGCAACGUGUAAUGAAUACUCUUACUGAGCUAUCUUUAUUUAAUGACAUUAUUACUGAUGUAUCUGCUUCAGAACGUGCUGUUGAGCAUUCUGGGAUUUCGGCAACCCAAUUGGCCGAACUGGUAGAGGGAGCUUCCGUUUUGGUCGGGGAUUCAAGUCGUCGUGUUAUAUUUGAUGGGGAUCUGCGCGAAUUAAGUAUGAAUGAUUUCACUUUUGUUUGCAUGGCUCGGGUCUUUGUAUUAACAGAUACUUUGGUUAUUGCAUAUCACAGUCAAUCUGGUUCCUCGUACCCAUAUCGUCUUCAGUCAACGUAUGAUUUGAACAACUUUGCUGUGGCUAAUUUUCCUCCCAUGGAUCGCCUUCAAACUCCAAAUAAUGCGUUUAAAUUAAUAGUUUUUCCUACUAAUCGUCUUUUCCAAACUGAAACGCCCAGUGACAAGAAACGUUGGUUAACAUUAUUGGAUGAAACGAUGCGUAAAUAUCGAAAUACUAAUUCGUAUGUUGCAUCAAAUUUAAAAUCCGAUUCCCAUAUUACUACAAAUUCUUAUGACGUUUUGGAUAAUAAUUCUAUGAAGUUGACUAUGUUACCUCCAAAGGUAUCUGCUGAAGCUGUUGUUGCUGGUCAUAAAGUUUUGUCUUCCACUUUACCUGAUUGUGUAGACCUCUUAACACCUAUCGAUAAAUUAGACUUGUCUGCUAAAAAAAAUCCUUUUGAUGAUUCCCAUGAAGCUGUUAAAUCUCCCAUGGCAAAAGUUGGAAGUCAUAAAUCUCGACAUAAUUGGUUAUGGGAUGUACCAGAAGAUUUAGAUGUAGCAAUUUCUGAACGAAAUUUUCAACGUGCUACUAAUUUAAUUGUAAAAGCUAAAGAAUCAUUAAAUCAAAUACUGACUGGAGAUAUAUCAAAACCAUCUAUGGAUACAAAUAUACAGUCAUCUAAUUCUAGUACACCAGGUCAAAUAUCUGAUACUGUUGAUCAUAGAUCUAAAACAGAUUGGGAGAAAUUAUCUAAGCGUAUUGAACGUAACGAACGAAAUCUUACAGAAUCUUUGCAAUAUGAAUUAGUAUCAGCAGCUUGUAGACAUGGCGCUCCUAAAUCCGUGAAAGCAGCUGUUUCUCAAUUAGGUUUACUUGGUAAAGCAUCUCUUGCAGCUGAAUUAUUUUUAGUUUAUCGUUCACAAGUAAUGACAAAGUCUUUAACACAUGGUGUACAUCAAGAAGGCAAUCAAUUAAUCUAUUUAAAUAAACUAUCGCUUACUUUCCAUCGUAAUUUAGCUGAAACAGCUGUAGAAUGGUGUCAAAGUGUAGUUAAACCGUUGGGUGAAAUUCUUGCCUCAAAAACUAAUGGUAUAUCACCGCAACAAUUUGAAAAUAUCUGUUCUUUAAAAUUUUAUAGUUGGACAUUGGAUGAGACUGAGAAAUUCGGUCAACAACUUCGUGUUCUACUGAUCGAUAGUCAUGCAGUAUCAUUUUAUUCAAUGGCUUAUGCUGCUCAACGAAUUAAGGCACAUGCUGAUAAGCUUACUGAAUUACUGAGUGUUGAUAUUUCUUCUACUCUCAAUCGAAGCUUAUCACGUGCAUGGAAACGUGCUGCUGAUGAACAGUCACGUUUACUCUGUGAAGCUGUUGAAAAUCGUGCAAAACAAGAAUCUUGGGAAACUUUAUCAAAUCUACCUAAAGGGGAACAAGAUAAAAUCAUUGCAGAUCUAUUGGAAUUUGGAAUACUCAACCAAUAUACCGCAGCUGAUUAUGGUUUAAAAUUAACAAUGAGUACAUAUUACCUUAUUCGGUCUCUACGACAAUUUAUUCAAAGUGUCCAUCUAUUAAAUUGUUCCGAGUUAGAUUUAACUUUAAUAUCGUGUUUCGUACAAACAUUAAAUUCAGAACUUGACUGUUUUGAACGUGUUUCACCUAUUGAUAUUUCUGAUCCGGCUAGACAAUCUAUCAUUAUAAUCAAUUUAGAAUUUUUAAUCAAGACCAUUGUGCCCAAAUUUGGCAAUAUUUUAAAUUGUUCCGAAAAUUCAACUAUCCAACAACUGGUCUCCAGUUUGAAAACGUCACUUCAAAAUAUUAAAGGUUUAGAAGAGGAAGAAACAGUGGUGGUGACGACGGCGGCGAAAAAAUCGAAUGUUGUUGUUGACGAAGAAGGAGGUGAUGUUAUAUAA